AUGAUCAUCCGCAACUUGCUUACCCCCCUCGUCGCAAUCCUCUCCAUCGCUUGCCUGCUGCGACCUGUUGUCGCGCUCACGUGCACCUCCAGGUACAGCGUCAAGUCUGGCGAUUCUUGCGAUGCCAUUGCAUCCUCCAACGGCAUUUCCAACUAUCAGCUGACUCACCUCAACGGAGAUUCUUUGAACUGCGCAGGCCUGAGCGUCGGACAGGAGCUGUGUCUUCGAAGCAAAGAGUACGACUGCUCGCCAGUCGUGCAGGUCAAAUCUGGUGAUGGCUGCUAUGCCAUCGCAGACGCUAACGGCAUCUCUUUGGAUCAAUUCUACGCGGAUAACCCCGGCAUCGACUGCGGUGCCAUCUAUGCAGGCUACUCGGUCUGCGUGUCCAAGACCACCCCGGCCAGCGGCGCCGGUCCUUCUCACACCUCCACAACGACCAGCUCUGCUUCCGUGCCGACCGAGACGAGCGGUGAUGGCGGCGGCGGCGGCGGCGGCGAGAGCGGAGCCUGCACCCUCUACACGACCGUCCAGGCCGGCGAAAGCUGCAACGAAAUUUGCAAUCGCGCUCACGUCACGCUCUACGAUCUGCAGCAGCUCAACAGCGGCGAUCAGCUUUGUGCAUCGCUGCAGUCGGGCCAAGCGCUGUGCGUCGACGGUGCAAAAAGGAGUUGCGGCAAGCCCUACACCAUUCAGUCGGGCGACAGCUGCUACGCCAUCUCGCAGACUCACAAUCUCACCCUAGCAGAGUUUUACGAUAUCAAUUCCAACAUCGACGAAAAUUGCUCCAACAUUCAGCCAGAUGAGGUCGUCUGCGUAGCUAAGCGCAGUCCGAAUGACGAGCCGCCUGCUUCUUCGAACUGUUCUCGAUUCGCUUCGGUGCGAGUGGCGGACACGUGCGAGAAGAUUGCUGCUCGAUCUUCCCUCACUUCUGUCCAGUUGCGAGGACUGAAUUAUCCGCUCGACUGUAGUCAUCUGCGCGUGGGCGACCAGCUUUGCACUUUUGCACCCGAUGCCAACUUUUGUCCCCAGCUGCACAUCGUCAAGCACAACGACACGUGCUACGAUUUGGCUCAGAAUGCUUCCAUGAGUCUUCAGGAGUGGACCAGCGUCAAUGACUAUGGCAAGGAAGCCGUUGACUGCGAUGCCUUGAUUCUGAGCUCCAUCGUCUGUCAAGCUCAUGGCAAUGCUACGCUGCCCGCUGGAGGACAGGGCAACUCGACGGAUCUACCGCUGUGCUCGAAAUGCAACGACGAUACGCAUUGCUGCUCAAAAUAUAGCGUCUGCGCUCCGCUAGCUUCCGACUUUUGCAAGCGCGACGAGGGCGUGAGUGGCGGCGCAGAGACUGGCAGAGACGUUGCGCAGACUGAUUAUAUGUUAGCACCCAUUCUAUACCAGUGUCAAGGCAAUUGUCAAGGCGACCAAGGCGUGAGCAUACCCGACGGUCAAGAUGGUGGAGCUGGCCCAAUCGGCAGCAACUACACGUGAGUCGAGGCAAGCGCUCGGAUCCAGCAAAGCAGUAAACCGACUACCGUGUAUUUUUUGCAGCUAUCCACCCAUUCACACCAGCUGCAACAAUUGCUCUGCCACCGAGUGCUGCAGCAAUGUCGGAGGCAAGGACAUGUGUCUGCCAAGCGAUACGUGGUACUGCCUUUCCACUAAUGGCUGCGUCGAUCACUGCACCGACAUUGCCGACUUGGCUCUGAUUGCGGAUCCACAAUUCACGCAGAUCGCGGAUGCUCCAACGUGGCAGUUUCCCAGCGGAGACUUUCCGGAUGGUGAUCCCUGCGCAUGUGGCGACGAUUUUAAAUGCUGCGCAUCGUCCGGGAAAUAUCUCACCAAGAGUCAGGACGAAGACGAUUGCUACAUUGGAGCAGGGUGUCUGUACAAUUGUUACGAUGUGCGAUGGUGAGUCACUUGUUUGCUAUGGCUGACUCGCUCGACGGACGGAUCUCUGACCCACCCGAGGGCUCGCAGGUCUGCAGAUGAGAAUGAAGGCUCGUCCGUGGUUGAAGUGAAGCACCCUUAUAGUUCAAAGGCGGACACUUCUAGCUCGUCUCGUCGCCGCCGCCACGAGCAUCGUACGCGCAGCAAUCGCAGUAGGUUGGAGAGGCUGACAGACAAACUCGGGCUCUACAUAAGACACUGA